UCCAGUUACCUAUGUUUUAGUGCGCCAGACGCAAUCUAGCUAGCCAGUCGGAGUUGUGAUUUCUUGUCUGCUGUAUUUUACAUGCUUGGUAGUAGUAAUAUUAGCCAAAACAUUUAUUUCCUUUAUGUUAGAAGACAUAGGAAGUGUGUGUGUUCGGUGUAAAGCAGAGGAAACCGGUCCAACUCAUUAUGGAAGACUGCUUGCACACCUCUUCAGAGAACCUGUGUAAGUUGGUCCGCUGGGCCCACAGUCACGGCACCAUCUGUGCUCUCAUCCCGAACCUCAAACACCUGCUCACCGAGGGUUCCCAUGGGAACUGACCGCCAUGUGGGGGUGCAGCGCAGGCCACGCCUACCACUGGCCCCUCCCAGCCACCUGCAAGACGGGCCUGAAGGAGAGGGGGGGCUGCUACCAGGACAGCCGCAGCAUCAACUCAGACAGCCUCAGUCUCCAGGGAGGGGCCUCUGCCUGCCAGAGCAGCCCGGGAGGAGAGAGGUUUCUGGGCCGCUCCACCGAGGCCAAGGGGGGCGACAGCAGCCAGACCCGGGACUCGUGCGACUUCUCCAACUGCAGCGACGACAACACUGAGGCUGAUGACAACAUUGAGGAAGAUAACCGCAACCUGUUUGAUAUUGUCUGCGAGUCCUCAGCCACGACGGACGAGGAUGGAGACGCGGACUACGAGCCUCGUCACAGACCCAGGAAAAGGGGUCCUCUAGGGGACAUACCCGGCCCCCAGGGACCAGGGUCUGAGGACAGGGGACACGGGGACAAAUCAGUGAAGAAAAUCAAGCAGGAGACUGCUGAGGAAUAUUACACAGUGCCUAAAGCCCAGCUAGCAGCAGGGGGAUGUACUGACUCUGGCAUGGCCUCUGACUCAGUCUCCCAGUCCUCAAAGCCUAAUCACUCCCUGUCCCACACCUCACCACACAAGCCCUUCCCGAAGGCUGCAGACUGUUUGGGUGGUGGUGGUGUGUCAUCUCCGCUGGGGCACUCCUCUCCUCACAUACGCCUGCUAGACAAACCGCUACGAGGCUCCGUCUCCAAGCCCUCCAUGAUGAGCGUUGGUUCCCCCAGACAUCAGGACUCGUCCUCGGUGUCAACCCAGUGCCUGAGAACCCUCCCUGGGGCAGGUAGUGAGCUGUCGGAGGACCUGCUGAAGCCUGGAGGAUCCGAGGGGCCCUUUGGGGACCUGACUCCUUCCUCCCCCAGUGGGAUGAACUCUGACCUCCUGGGAGCAGAGACCAAAGGAGAGGUUACAGUGAAGAACGUGGUGGGCGUCAUCGCCAGGUACAUGGCGGCCCUGCAGGAGUUCAGACGCAGCGUCUCCAUGAAGGUGGCGUUUGACCGCGUGGGCGUCGACCGGAACACCAUCUCACGGACGGCGGCCAUCGCCGAGCUGAGCCUGGCUGCUCCGGAGGUGUUCCACGCCCUGCCGCCGUGGGACGAGAAGGAGGAGACGCUGGCUCACUACGCCCACCGCUGCCGGCUGGCCAUGGACGACACCAUCAGAGCCAAGAUCAAAACCAUGAAAACCAAGGGAGACCUGCUGCCUAUAGUCAGCAAAUAACACCGGACUGAGGGGCGCGUCCUAUGGGACGGGGACUGAGGGGCGCGUCCUAUGAGACGGGGACUGAGGGGCGCAGGGACAUUGGCUGUGCGCGAUAGAUCACCUGCUGGAUGUUAAUGAACGGCGGCGAUUCAACAUGUAGAAUCAUCUGGAAAUGAACAGAAAACGGCAGCUAAUGUCCUGUAGUCAGAGGAGACGGGACGGACGGACGUUCCUGUAGUCAGAGGAGACGGGACGGACGGACGUUCCUGUAGUCAGAGGAGACGGGACCGACGGACGUUCCUGUAGUCAGAGGAGACGGGACCCGACGGACGUUCCUGUAGUCAGAGGAGAUGGGGCCGACGGACGUUCCUGUAGUCAGAGGAGAUGGGACCCGACGGACGUUCCUGUAGUCAGAG